CACUCAGUCUUCUAUUUGCCGCCGUUGAAGAAUUCAGCAGUUUGGAACCCUAUACUCUUUUCAGCAGCUCGCAAGAGACGGUGAUCGAAAUAUGGAUGUUGAAACAACUUUGAACGGAUGCUUCAAUGAUCUCGUCGUGGAACCCUCGCUGGAUCUUGAUCCCUCUUCUAAAGCACUUUCUUCCUGCGCCUCCACAGCUUGCUUUGACUGCAACAUCUGCCUUGAGUUCGCCGCCGAUCCAGUCGUCACCCUCUGCGGCCAUCUCUACUGCUGGCCCUGUAUUUUUCGCUGGCUCGAUCUCGGUACCAACCAUCGCCAUUGCCCUGUCUGCAAAUCCUCCCUCUCGGAAUCUUCCCUCGUACCACUCUAUGGCCGCGGUCUCGAUUCCAAACAACACGACAGUGAAGACCGCAGCAUCCCUGAUCGACCUCGAGAUCACCGGAAACUGGUUUCUCAGGCCGUCGCAAGUGAUCUCCAUCCACCCCUAGAGGUCAGGCAGGGUGCUACCCUGUAUCAGAACCACCAAUUUUACGGCAGCGAUUUGACGAAUCAUGUCGGAGUUCUGCACUCCAACGCUGGGGUUUUGCUUGGGGAGUUUGCUUUCGCGAUGCUUCCGAGGGUAUUUAGGAACCAAGAAGAUCUCCACACGAGCUUGAACCAGUCAGCGACAGUGGGUAGGAGGAAUCAGAGGUGUAGGCAGGAGCUGAUGGUGGAAAGCUGGAUGAAUCAGCUAUGGAUUUUUCUUUUCUGUUGCGCUGUUAUGUGUCUGGUGUGCUUCUAGAGAGGAAGAAGCCAUGGAAGGUUUGAGCUUUCUUCUUCUUCUUCUUCUUCUUCCGCCUAUGUGGCUUAUAGUAUAAUAUGAACAAGGAAAUGUAUAGUGGCUCCUGAAGAAACUUUUCUACAGGGAUGUAUAGAAGUUGUGCGAAGCAGAUUAUGUAAGCUAUUUUUUUUUAUUGUGAGAGAGAUUACCGCAAUAUUGUUUGAUUUAUACAAGUGUAUGGGUAGUAUUUUACCGUUAUAACAAUAUUUACAAAAA